AAUAUCUCUGUGGUACGUAAUUAGCGAAAGCCAAUAUUAAACAAAAGGCUACUUAAAAUGACAGAUUCGAUGAAGUUUGGUCCGGAAUGGUUGCGCAAUAUGUCAGCUGAGCCCUCAGGCUCUCCCAGCAGCUUUACCGUUGGUUCGGGAGGACCCAACAGCUCUCUUGCAGGCCAAAACAUAGGCAGCAACACAACAACAGCAUCAACUUCGCGUAAUCUCUUUCCGGAGUACCGUUACGGACGCGAAGAAAUGCUCUCCCUGUUCGAUCGGAACUGUUUGUUGCCGCAGAUUUUGCCUUCUUUUAAAAAGCUUUUUGUGGAGAAGGUGCAAUACCCCCUGGCCCUAACACCAAGCUCCGAGGAGGACAGCAACGUACCUCCCCUUGGGAGUAGCAGUCGUCCUGCCUGGUUGCAGCGUUCUUCGGGUGGAUUUAGCACUGGAUCCAGGGGUACUGGACGUGGUGGGACGGUUGAACGCGGUCGAAUGCGCGGUAAAUCUGUGUAUCAUCCUAUAUAUCAACGUCCAGGUGGACUUUACGAUGACGGCCUAUCGGUAAUACCUAUCAAGGCCGAACGAUCAUGGAGUGACCGAAAUGGGACUGGAGACUCUGCCAUAACUAGCACUUGUACUAGUAGCCCAGCGGCCCAAGAUUGGAACGGAACUCCUAGCUCAAGUCCUCGAAAGGACUUCUCCAGUCAUUAUCGCAAUAUGGAGAACUGGCGACGAUCUCGCAACGAAGACGGAUCAGGAGAUGGUCCACUUGCUGCUGGUUCAAUGGGCGGUGCCGAUAUUGGUUGGCGAAGUGGUGGAGGAAAUUCCAAUAAUAGUUUUGGUUCCAACAGCAAUCGCUGGGGAAGAUCUACAAGUUGGCGUGAUGAAGACGCUAGUGUCGACAGCCCAACUGGCUUGCAACGUUCAAUUUCAACAGUUGGGACCGUUGGCACGGAUCGGGAGCGCAUUGGAAAUAGUAAAGGAUCUGGAAUGGCGUCUGGUGAUGGCGGAGGGGGAAUACCAAUUACUUCUGUACGUUUGUCAAGCUCAAAAACCUCACAAUUAUGGACGCUGAAUAACAAUGCAGUUGGUGCUGACACCGAUGACAAUCUGCCCGAAUGGGCUAUGGAAAAUCCAUCUGAAUUGGGUGGCAGCUUUGAUGCUAGUGGGGCCUUUCAUGGUGAUGCCGAUCUGCAAAAUAACAAAAGAUCGCCAAAUACUUUAAAGGAAAAAAGCCUAAACUCUGGCCACGAUGUUACAAAAUCGACAAGUGAAAAGAUCUCAGAUGAAGAAAGUGUUAGCGAUAAAACCUUUGAGGUCCCAUCAUUGAAAGAUCCGAGCCUUGGGGCAGCACAGGAAGUCAAUGAGAGCUGUUUAUCUCCAAUUAACUCGAUACAAAUGGAAGUGAUCCACGGCGAUAUUUCAGAUAGAAUCAAAGAAGUCACCGAUGAAGUGGAAAAACUAAUAAUGGAAGAUGAUAAUCAAAACACUAAAAAUCAGAGCCACCUUGAAAAUGAUUGCGCUCGGUGUACCACCGGUACGCUGCCAACUCUAUCAGAUAUUGAGUUGGGCGUGAAAGCAAAUUCAUUGAGUGGAACUGUAGUGCGUCCGCACACCAUGCCUGUUAUUGAAACGGCUCAUUUACCCCAUCAGCAUUCAGCUAUACCCUUUUCAGACCAUAUGGUCAUGCAGCACCAUAAUAUGAAUCGCCAUUUCUCAAUGAUUCCAGCGCCACAUAUUAUCAGUCCAAAUCUGAAUGAAUUAUGGUUCUACCGGGAUCCCCAGGCAAAUGUGCAGGGACCAUUUAGUGCCAUCGAGAUGACCGAAUGGUAUCGCGCUGGGUAUUUUAACGAGAACCUCUUUGUCCGUCGGUUCUCCGAUACAAGGUUUAGACCGCUGGGCGAGCUUAUUGAAUUUUGCCAUGGAAACAUGCCAUUCACGCACAGUCAUCUACUUCCUUCCUCAAUGGACCUAGAAAAUCUUCCUGUUGGACAGAUCCCAGCCCCUCUACCAGCGGCUAUUCCAAUCGCGACACGCAAGCCUUCUCCAAUUGCCCUUUCUCUGUCUGUGGUUGAACAGCAGUUGCAGCAACAGCGAGAUGAGCAACUCAAAGAAAGUGUGACAGCAGCUGCGGAAUCUCUUUGCGCCGCAAUAAAAGGAAAUCUGAAUGGAAAUAGCAUGGGCACCACCUCGCAUAUGCUGACAAUGCGAUUUCAGAUGCUGCAGGAUCAGUACUUACAGCACCAGGAGUACCAAAUACUGGCGGAGCUCAGUAAGAAUGAUUGCUUUAAAAGACUUUCGGCCUCUGAACGGGAGGCGGUUGUUCGUCGAAAAGUUCAAUCGCUUGUUCUUCCUGAGUACUUGAGCAACUUGAACGGAUUGAGCAACUCGCUGGCCGCCUUGAACCCCUUGGCCGGCAACCAGUUGUAUAGUGCAGUGGCCGAACAGGCCAAAAAGGAUCAGCACCAUAUGUUCGCGAACAGUAACGAACAGCAACGGUCGGUGGGUAAUCUUCUGGAUGCAAAUAACUUCAUAUUGAAUGCUCAAAUUAUGCAUCAGCAAGAGCAUCCAGUAGUAGGAGCCCCUUUGACAACAUCCGAUGAUUGUGGUAUAAAACGUGGAUCUACAGCUGACAUUAACAAACUGGAUGAACUGCCCAGAAAUGAUAUGAACUUGUUAAAUGAAUACAACUUAAGGAUGCUUUUGCGUGGCCAACCGACCAACCAAACAUCAAUGCCAAAUCCUGCUACCGAAAAUCUUUCUGGGGGUGAUUUUGUAACCGAAACACAAAUUCUAGCUGGACAAAACAUGAUGAUUCCAAUGUGGUUGCCCACCAACAAGCAAUCACAGCCAGAGUGGCCGGGAAUAGCAAAACCAACAUUGUGGGAAGUAGGAAAUUUGAGUAAAGAGCAAAAUGAAGAUAAGUCGCUGCAAAUGCAAAAGACUCCGCAAACCAGUUUUAUCGAUCCAGUACAUACUGUACAAUUGCCAGCAAUAGCCCAAGCUCAAUCGGAAGAUAAUUUUAAACUUUGUUCUCCUGAAGAAUUACACGAGCGCCAGACUGCUGACAAUGUAAAGGACUCUCAUAAUCAAAAAUUAGCAAAUCACUUGGUUUCCGAUAUUGAACAGUAUCAAAUCAAUGAAGACCUUCAAACAAAGCAGACUAACAAACAGCAUUUGAAUGUAAAGCAGAAUUUGCCGCAGUCGGUUGCAGUCAAUAAAAUAUACGAAGACGAUCGAAAACGAGAACAGACAGAAGAAAAGAGGCGCUUCAAGGAAGAGCGCAAGCGUCAGCAUUUGGAAGAAGAAAAACGACGAGCUAUUCUGGAAUCCGAAGAGAAGGCCCGUCAAAUGCAGGAGGAAAAAGAAAGACAACAGCAAAUUCAAGCGCAGCGUCGAAAGGCAUUACUAGCCAAUGCUCAAUCCUCAGUUCAUAGUGGCAUUACAGGAAGUCACAAUUCUGCUCACGGUAAAAAUGACUCUAUCAAGUCGGACGAACCGCAACCUUCCUCGCGUUUGCCCACAGCAUCCGUGGCACCGUGGUCUCUUCAGUCACCCAACCCUAAUAACACCGCGCCUGGACUGGCAGAGAUACAAAAGGCAGAGCGUCGGGAGCGCCGCGCGGAUCAGCAGCGACACCAGGAGCAACUGGAAAAGCAAUUGCGUGCCAAUGCUGCGGCUGCAGCUGAAGCCAGCGAUGCUCUGCUCAAAUGGCAGGCAGCACCUGCGUCUGCUCCCGUAAUGGGGCUUGCGGAAAUUCAGGCGGAGGAGGCCAAGAGGUUGUCCAAUGACCUGCUCGACCAGCAGCGUAGACGCGAACUGGAGCAACAACAGAACGCGGCUUUGCCACCUUCAAUGGUUGGAACUGGUGGAUCUGUUAACAUCUGGGGCAAUGCCAAUAAGGCAUGGAGCGGUUUGAGCGCCACUCCUGUACUUCAUUUAAAAUCAAGCGCUGGCACUGGUCUCUGGGAUGAACAGAGUUCUACAAGCUUGAAUCAGAAUCUGCAUGGAUCUGGAACGUGUAGUAGCAGUCCUGCUAACGCUGCAGCAGUUUUGGCAGGAGGAUUGAACUUGGCCAAUAAAACAAAUCUGCAAACGCAGAGUAAGACAUCGACUUCAUUUGCUUCGCCUCGAAAUUUACGCAAAAGUCAAACCUUGCCUGCCAUUCACAACACAGGAAAAACCACAACUAAAAUGACGCCAGGUCAACCGCAGCAAGAGAAACCCAAGUCGAGUCAGAUUCGUGCAGGUUCAAAGGUCACAACUACCUUAGUUGAGGAAAAAGAUAAGGAGAAGAAGUCGAACUCAAAGAGCCAGGUUCAGGCAACCAGCACAGACCAAGCUAUUCGUAAGGUCAACGAGUACGAAAACGAGUUCACCAGCUGGUGUAUUAAAAGUCUAGAUAAUAUGUCUGCGAAAGUCGAUGUUCCGACGUUUGUAGCAUUUCUGCAGGACUUGGAAGCGCCUUAUGAGGUGAAGGACUACGUGCGUAUAUACCUGGGUGAUGGAAAAGAGUCCUUGGACUUUGCCAAGCACUUUUUGGAAAGACGCAGCAAAUACAAGAACUUGCAGCGUGCCCAGAAUGCACAUAACGAUGAUAUGUGUAAGCCAGCUCCCGCAAUAACACCGUCUGCGAACGACUAUACCGACAGCAAGAACAAGCAGAAGAGAGUGAAGAAGAACAAGAUGACAAAGAUGGACGCUCGGAUUCUUGGGUUUUCGGUGACGGCCGCCGAGGGUCGCAUUAAUGUUGGCGUUCGUGACUAUGUUGAAGGACCAUAACCACUCCGGAAGGCCAAAAAAGACCUCAGAUUUUAUAUAAAAUUACAAAGCUAAUAAAGUUCAGAUUUGAAUUAUAUGCGUUAGGUCACAAAUGGAUGUGCGCUAACCCCUGAUACACAUAAAUAAAUAAAUAAAUAUAUAACUACAUAUAUAAACUAACUUGUUGUUGUUAGAUUAUUUUUGAAAAAUAAAUAUUCGUGCGUAAAGUCAAAGCCAUA